AUGGCGGAGAAGAGGCGCAAGGCCACCGUCACGAAGCGGAAGGAGGAGAUCAGCGACCUGAAAGCCGAGAUCCGCAAGCUGCGGUCGGAGCUGGGGCUCCAAUUGGAGCUGAAAGAGCUGCACGUUGUACCAGCCAGGACCCCUCCACUAGGGCAAGUCGUCUCGGACAAUGAAGCGCUGUCUUCUGCUAUCCAUGGUCAACAGCUCGACAUUGCUCGGGUUCACUCGACACUGUCACCUCCAUUGGAGCUGCAUCCGUUGUGUGCGCGCAUCUGUCUGAAGAGGAGCUGGGAAGACCGCAGCCGGACGCUCCUGGAUAUCCGAGAGCAGAAAUUCCAAGCUGCGUACGAGUACGUCAAGGCGCGGAGUGAGCUCUCGUCCUCCCACUCAAGCGACGAGCGGCUUGAGACUGCGUCGGGCGACGUGUGCUGCUCCAUCUUCCAGACGAUCAAGUUCCCCCACGUGGCGUCGCUCAGACAGGUGUACGACGCUGUGCUCUUCAGCAUGAACAACGUGGAGAUCAGCAUCUGCGAGCGGCUGGGGCACGUCACGACGCGAGACGACUACGACUGCGCCGACAACAGCAUCCUCAAUGCGCGGAUUGUCUCGACCAAUGACUUGGGCGUCACGACGGAAGUGAGCGGCAUCAUGUUCUCGCGCUUCUUCGAGGCAGCUGAGGGAUUCCACGGCGAACCGUGUGGGAUGCUCGUUAUCGACUCGGUGGAUGAGGACGAGCUCUACCCUUACGCCCCGAGUGAACGAGUCCGCAAGGACGGAAGCGAUGAGCUGGUGGUGACGCUCCGACGGGCUGCCUUCGUGAAGCUCCACUACCCCGAGUUCGACUUGUCGGAGCGCGUUUGGCAGGACCUGCAGCAAGAUGUCGCAAGGUGGGGCGACAUCACCACCAGAGCUAUCCGCAGUGUACUGUACUCGGUUCCUUGA